AUGUCAUCCACCAAUCCCACUGGUGGUAACUCUACAGCUACCACCAGCAUCAACGUCACAGAUAGCGCCACCGACAGCAGCACAACAACGACAAAAACAAUAACAACAACAUGGUAUCCCACCGGUCUUCUCAACGGCCAUCCAACCAACCCCUACGCGCUCAUCAUCCUCAACCAGCCGAUCAACCAGCAUGCCUUGGACGCGGUCAUCGACGGCGCUGCGGCGCUGGUAUGUGCUGAUGGCGGGGCGGAUCGAUUCUUUCGGUAUCAAUUCGGGUAUGAUUUGGUGGAUGGGGAGAUCGACAAUGUGAAUCAAGCCGAGAAUCAAGCUCAACGGCAGCAACAACAGCAACAGCACAGAUCAAACAUCCAAACCAAAAACGACAACGACAGCCGUAAUCGACGACAUCGACAUCAGCAACGACAACGACUCCCCGACGCGAUUAUCGGAGAUCUAGACUCUCUAAGUCCUGCAGUCGAAGAAUAUUAUCGCGGCCGCGGCGUCACGGUGGCCAGGGACCCGGAUCAAUAUGCGACGGAUUUUACGAAAUGUUUGAAAUGGAUUCGGAAGUGGACCGAACUGAAACAAGACAUGAGUUCGACGAGUUCGACAUCGAAACCGAACCCGAACCCGAAGGCGAGUCCAAGUCCAGACACAAGAACAAACACAAACACCAAUACAAAUACAAAUACAAGUCCAAACACAAACACAAACACAAACACAAACACAAACAACAUCAUGGAUGUCGUCGUUGUCGGCGGUCUCGGCGGCCGCGUCGACCAGGCCUUCUCACAGAUCCACCACCUCUACAUGGCCGAGACGAACACUGCGUUGCUCCAGGGCCGGAUCUACUUGUUAUCCGAACAGAGCUUGUCGUUCGUGCUAGGGAAUGGCGUCAACGUGAUCCAUGUCGAGGAGGAACAACAAGAACAACAAGAACAACAAGAGCAGCAGCAGAAAGAGAAUCAGAAACACAAACAGAACUAUUAUUUCGAGGAGAACAUCGGUAUCAUCCCCGUGCUUGGUCCUACUCUGAUCACCACCCGUGGUCUGGAAUGGGAUGUGGAGAAAUGGCCGACGCAGUUCGGUGGCCAGGUGAGUACCAGCAACCAUAUCCGUUCCCCGGAGAUCCAGAUCGCCUUUGAGGGGCCGAGACCACUCUUCACCUUGGAACUUGGGCGACGGUUCGCAGCCAAUACCAUCAUCACCACUACCGCCGCUUCAUCUUCAUCUUCAUCUUCUUCGGAAGAGGAGUAG